GUGGCCAAAUGAAUCACCGCCCUCCCGGCUCGUCCAACGUGCAAUGGCUUAACCGGAGAGACAUGAGUGUCCGGACAGAGGACAGUAUUAGCUUGUGCCAAAGGGCCCUCCAAAUUGUAACGGAGCUGUGUCUCGCCGGGCAUGUAGAUCGGGAGAAAUGUUCGGAUAUAUUUCCCCUUGAAAGCAGCAUACCAGGUAAAGGAAACGCAGACAUCUCUGUCAGUCUCCUUGCUGUGGUCGUGGGUUUCUGUGGCCUCGCCCUGUUGGUAGUCUCUCUCUUUGUCUUUUGGAAGCUGUGCUGGCCUAUCUGGAGGAGCAAGGCCCUCUCAUCCCACGCUGACAACAAUGGCCUCCGGGUGGGACUCCCCGAAGCUCCUCCACCCAUCCUGCCGCCGGUCCUCGAGCCCAAGGUGGCGAUGGAGGAGGAAAAGAAGAAGAAGAAGGUUCCGGAGGUCAAGCUAAACGGGCGGAGCUCGGUCAAGCUCCUGGAGGCGGCCAUGAAGAUCAGCCAGACGUCUCCAGACAUCCCCGCCGAGGUGCAGACAGCGCUCAGAGAGAGGCUCAGCCAGCAGGCAAAGAUCCAGAGGCAGACCACUGAACCCACCUCCUCCUCCAGACACAAUUCAUUCCGCCGCCACCUGCCUCGCCAGAUGAACGUUACAAGCGUAGACUUCAGUAUGGACACCCUGCCCAUCCGCCAAUCCUCUACGGUAAGCAUCGGACGAAUCAAGCCAGAGCUCUACAAACAGAAGUCUGUUGACUCGGAGGACGGAGCCAAAGAACCGGUGGAGACUUGUGGCAAGCUGAGCUUCUCGCUACGAUACGACUACGAGGAGCAGGCGCUGGUGGUGACGAUCCUGAAGGCCCUGGAGCUGCCCGCCAAGGACUUCACAGGAACCUCCGAUCCUUACGUCAAAAUCUACCUGCUGCCAGAGAGGAAGAAGAAGUUCCAGACUCGAGUCCACCGCAAGACCCUCAACCCUACGUUCGACGAAGCCUUCUGCUUCCCCGUGGAGUACGACCAGCUGUGUAACCGCAAGCUGCACUUCAGCGUCUACGACUUUGACCGCUUCACCAGCCAUGACAUGAUCGGAGAGGUGGUGGUGGACAACCUUUUUGAGCUGUCCGAUCUGUCCAGAGAGGCAGUGGUUUGGAAGGACAUUCACGUCGCCACUACGGAGAGCGUGGACCUUGGAGAAAUCAUGUACUCGCUCUGCUACCUUCCGACGGCAGGCAGGAUGACAUUGACCGUUAUCAAAUGCAGGAACCUCAAGGCCAUGGACAUCACAGGCUCUUCAGACCCCUACGUGAAGGUUUCUCUGAUCUGUGACGGACGGAGGCUGAAGAAGAGGAAAACCACCACAAAGAAGAGCACGCUCAACCCAGUUUACAACGAAGCCAUUAUCUUUGACAUUCCUCCGGAGAACGUAGAACAAGUCAGCUUGUCUAUCAUGGUGAUGGACUAUGACCGGGUAGGACACAACGAGGUGAUUGGUGUUUGUCGCACAGGCCCAGAGACUGAGGGUCUUGGACGUGACCACUGGAAUGAGAUGUUAGCUUAUCCUCGCAAGCCCAUCACACAUUGGCAUGCCCUGGGAGAGUGGCCAGGAAGAGCAACGAGCUUCGAGAGCCAGGGCUCCUGUCCGUCACCCAAACCUCCUCUGACGCCCUGAAGAAGACAGGUUGAACCAAAUACCACAUUACCUAGGAUAACGUUAUUUAUUCAGGUGUUAUGAGACAUUACUCAAGUAAAUAAAACAUUGCACAAUAUGCAAUUCCUUAUUAAGAGGUUAUGGUUUGGGUGAGUGUAGUUCAUUAAUGCAGUGCCAACAAAACAUUUUUGCUAUUAUCUUCAUUAGAAGUUGGUAGCUAGUUUUUGUUCCAACUAUGGUUAAUUUGUAAUGGUACUGCUUAAUUUACAUUACAGAAGAGCUGCCUUGGCCUUUGAUCUUUAUCCCAUACAGUUGAUGGAUUAACAAAAUUGCAAGGUUUACAUUGAAAAUUGUAAAAACAUUCCAGGACUUAAAUUUCAUCAACAUCUCUCCUGCAGUUUGAAUUAAGUAAAUUGUCAUUUAAUAAUAUUGCACAGGAACUUCCUUAAAUGGCAAAUGUUCUAUUGUAUAUGUGAGCAUCUUUCAAAGUUCUUUAGUUGCCAUUUUCACAUUGGAUGGUGCAAUACUAAAGGGCUCAGCUCGAUGUCAUGAGCUCAACAUUGCCUAAAUAGACUGUGAAUAAUAAGUCCCCAAUAUAAACACAGGUGGUCUAAACGUAUAGGGCUGGGUGGACAUCCUUCAGAGUAUACACAUUAUUUUGCCACCUGGCCACUGACAGUCAAUGCUUAUUUUAACAAAGUACCG